CACUCACCAUUCAUCAACUGAAUCAACCCAGUACGACCUGAAGUGCUGCUCUACACCUUGUCAAAACACCAGGAAUCUACGCGACAACAGUCACCAUGCCGGGCAAGAUCAUCGCCGUCACCUCGUCCUCGCACUUCUCCCAGCUUCUCUCGCAAUCUACAUACACCAUCGUAGACUUCUACGCGGACUGGUGCGGGCCAUGUAAAGCCAUUGCGCCUGUCUUCCAGAAUCUGGCAGAGAAGGAGACGAAGCCGGGAAGGAUGCAGUUUGUCAAGGUGGAUGUAGAUAGCCAGCAGGAGAUUGCGAAGAAAUAUGGUGUCAACGCCAUGCCAACCUUUCUGGUAAUCAAGUCCAACUCAGUAGUCGAGACUAUCCGCGGCGCAAAUCCCUCUGCCCUUACAGCCGCCGUGCGCAAAGCUGCUAGCGAUACAUCUGGUUCAGGCGCCGCCUCCACUGCCUUCCAGUCCAAAGGGCGCACGCUUGGGUCAGCUGAGGAACCCAGUCGCCCGGUUGGAGACAGUCCAUUCGCAGGUUUACAACGCAUGUUGAUGGGCAACGGUGGCCUGACCGAUUUGGUAAUCAGAUUUGCAGCCCUGUAUUUCAUCAGUCUAUUCGCGUUUGACGCGUUCAAGGCUGCCGAAGAGAGCCCAUUCAAUGUGAAGACGAAGCGGUAAAUAGGCAGUCAGAGUGUCGAAGUAGGCGUAUAACUGCUUAGCCAAGAUGGGACGAAAGGGCUGUUUGGCGUUGGGACAAGAACAAGGCGUUUGGGAGGUAUACCACUUCAAAUCAGAUCGUCACGCAUAUCGGCAUUACUCUUUGAAGUCUAUGUAGUAAGCUGUGGAGAUAGUUUAACACAAUACAUUGAUAUAUAGAAUGCUUUUACACUCUCCC